AAUCUAAACAUGCGUUAGCUAGACCAACUUGAUCUCUUCUCUCACUUUAUCAGCUACUUCUCUCUUUCUCUCUGUGCCUCUCUCUUUCUUGGCAAUGGCCACUGGAUCGACAGAUCCUCCCAGGUCUCCUUCCUCAGGUGUUCUCCAGAAGUUGGUGUUGGUGUUCUCUAUCUGUAUAGCUGCUUCGACUUAUAAGGCGAUCCAGCCUCCUCCUCCAAAGCUAUGUGGCUCUCCUGAUGGUCCAACCAUCACAGCACCAAGGAUUAAGCUGAGAGACGGGAGGCAUUUGGCAUACAAAGAGUAUGGAGUUCCCAGAGAUGAAGCUACCUAUAAAAUCGUCGUCAUCCAUGGAUCUGAUAGCUGCAGGCACGAUAAUGCUUUCUCAGCUCUGCUAUCACCGGAUGUAAAAGGUGUGUAUAUGGUUUCAUUUGAUAGACCUGGUUAUGGAGAGAGUGAUCCAGACCCAAACCGUACUCCAAAAAGCUUGGCUUUGGACGUAGAAGAGCUUGCUGAUCAGCUGAGUCUUGGAUCCAAAUUCUAUGUCAUCGGGUACUCGAUGGGAGGACAAGCGACAUGGGCAUGCCUUAAAUACAUUCCUCACAGGUUGGCUGGAGUAACACUUGUUGCUCCAGUGGUGAACUAUUGGUGGAAGAACUUCCCAUCAGAGUUAUCAACCGAAGCUUAUUACCAACAAGCGAGAAAUGACCAAUGGGCGGUUCGUGUUGCACACUAUGCUCCUUGGCUUACUCAUUGGUGGAACUCACAGACGUGGUUCUCUGGAUCAAGUGUUGUGGCCAGAAACCUCGGUAUACUUUCAAAAGCAGACAAAGAGAUCAUGUUUAAGCUCGGUGGUGCAAGGAAGCAACAUGAGGCACAAAUAAGGCAACAAGGAACACACGAGACGUUGCUCCGUGACAUGAUUGUCGGAUUUGGAACUUGGGAAUUCGAUCCAAUGGAAAUCGAGAAUCUGUUUCCGAACAAGGAGGGAUCAGUGCACUUGUGGCAUGGAGAUGAUGAUGCGUUAGUCCCUGUGACUCUGCAACGUUACAUUGCACAGAAGCUGCCAUGGAUCCAUUACCAUGAGAUCCCUGGAGCAGGGCAUUUGUUCCCUUUCGCUCCAGGUAUGGUUAAUAACAUCGUUAAGACUCUCCUAACAGAAGAUGAAGUAAAGAACUAAACUCUUGUAUAUCUUCUCUCUCAAACAGAUGGGGCUAAUUUAGUUUCUUUUUUGUUUGGUGACAUGAUUGCUAUGAUACUUUGAAUUCGUUGUGGUUAGUGAUAUAUGCUGUGGGUGGAUUGGUAAAAGUUUUAGGUAGCUAUGUUAAAACUUCUCUGCAUUCUUCACAAAAGCCUUUUGUCUUUUUUUUGUUUGAUUUCUUGACGAAUGUCAGAAUGUAAUUCAAACCCAAUUGUUUUGUCAUA